GGACGCCAUCUUGACGUGCGUGCGCCUCAGUGCGUCGUCGUGGAGCCGGUUCGUGGACGGCUCUCGGCUUCCUGAAGAGCCCGCUCUGACCGACCCCAGCCCGGGCUGCAGCCCCCGUGCUCUUCAGGGGGGGCAGUGGGGACGUGACCUGGCCGCACGCCACACCAUGGGGGACAAACACAAAGUUGAUGAUUAUCUACGAUCAGCAAGAUCCAGGUGUAUUCGGAGAAGGAGAGAUCCCAUCUGCUCUCAACAAGCCAGUCCUGGCGUUGAUCAGUUACCCCGCCAGGGGCAAGGUGGCCACGUGGCAAGGAGGCAUGGCAGGGUCAGGUCUGGAGUACGAUACACCCCUUAUCGCAUCCCAUCUUACAAGCAGGGAGACACGUAUCAAACAGGAGAGCUAACUCGGGGUAAUAUGGAGAGAGAGAAAAAAGAUCCGGAGGCAGGAAUGGAGGGGAACUGGCAGGAUGGCAGCACCCGGAGCUCCUCCAACAUCACAGUGACCAAGAUAAAAGGAGUUGAGGGCUUCCAGGGAGCUCAUGACCUUCCUCAGGAGGUCCACUCAGAUUCAGAAGGAGUGAUGCACCAUGCUACUGAAAUGGGACUGAGUGUUAGAAAGGACACGGCUUCCUCCCUUCAGAUCCAGGAGGAGAACAUGUCCAAAAUUUUAUCUUUCAACUUUAGCAAUACUAGCCCCUACCAGCUGGUUGGUCUGCCCAAUGUAAGGCAGAAGGAUCCCACCAUCCAGAGCAGGGACUUCUUAGAAAAUCAGAUGAAGGCUGAAGGGGAGAUGGACACAAUGAAGGGACUGGAUCCAGGGGAGAUGAGUGUGGGCAGAAAGCCCCUGUGCACCAGCUCUCCGGAGAAGCCCAGCAACAUGAGUGACCUCCUGGACCUGUUCUCCAAAUUUUUAUGCCUGGAUGAUCAGGAGUUGCCCUCACCUGUUUUCUCUGACAUUGGGGACGACAAGAAGUUACCAGUCUGCGAGGGGAGUGUCUUUGAAUCAGAGGCCCUGAAGGAUCUAGUCUGGGAGUUCCUGAAGCAGUAUUACAGUAUCUACGAUGAUGGGGACCGACAGAGUCUCCUGAGUGCUUACCAUGACAAAGCUUGCUUCUCACUGACCACUCUCUUCAACCCUGGAGCUCAGCCCAUAGUCAGAUUGGCCAACUACUCCACGGAGAACAGGAUUUUGAAGGAGCUCAGGGAAAUUGGCCCGUGUGUUCAGUUGCUAAAACAAACAAAAAAGGAGGUUGUGGACUUCCUCUGUGUGUUGCCCAGGACCGAGCAUGACCUCAGCUCCUUCGUGGUGGACACCUGUGUCCAGAGGAGAACGAUGCUCUGCUUCUCUGUCCGUGGGCAGUUCAAGGAGGUCGAGGGUAUAUUUGAACCUCCUGUCUCUGCCUUCAAACGGACCUUCCUGUUGAGGACUGGCAGUGAUUCCAGCGUAUACAUCCUUAAUGACCAAAUGACUGUGACGGAAGUGAGAUCCAAAGAAGCCCAGAGUGCCCACAUCACUCCAGUGCCCGCAGCCUCCUCCAGCUUUGUGCCCACCACAUCCCAGGAGCAGCAAGAAGUACAGCAGGCCACCUCUACCGGGUCUGCCACUGACUGAGGUCUCAGAAGGUGCAUGCAUGAAGGGGCACGCAGACCUCACAAGGGAAACGCCAAAGGAACCAAGGUUCUGGUC